AUGAAGAAUCUGCAACUUUGGGAUAUUUCUAUCAGAGAUUUUUGUGUUCAUUUUGAAGAGAAAGCUGUAAUAUGUCAUGGCCGUGGCGACGGAGGCUCAUCAAGUGAUAUAUUUGUUUGUGGAAAUAACCUUAUUUUAUGCAAUUUUGAUGAAAAUUGCCAGAAAAAGUGGUUUAAGGAUGUUUCUGAAUACAUAUCUCCUGAAAAUAGCCCUGUGAAUAUAUGUUACCUGUCGCUUCAAAACUCACUAUGCAUCGGUUUUGCGAAUGGAGAGUUAUUAGCCAUAGGUGAUUCCGGUGUCACGUGUGAAACAGUUGGAAUCUUCAAUACUGGAUUACUGGCCAUGGAAUGGAGUCCUGAUCAAGAAUUAUUAGCAAUUGUCACUAAAGAAAUGCACAUGGUCCUGUUGUCUUGCACUUAUGAUCCAAUUAAUGAAAUUAAAUUGCACAAUCAAGAGUUUGGUGAGAAGCAGUUUAUAACUGUUGGGUGGGGCAAAAAAGAAACACAGUUUCAUGGAUCUGAAGGGAAACAGGCAGCUAAAAUAAAAAAUGACAUCGUUUCAGACGACUCGACUGCCAGUGAUAAAGUUAAAAUUACCUGGAGAGGAGAUGGUAAUUUGUAUGCCAUUGGUUUUGCAAUGGAUGGGCUUAGACAUUUUAAAGUUUUUGACAGAGAAGGUCAUUUACUAUACACAAGUGAAAAGCAAAAAGGUCUAGAAGACAAUAUUGUAUGGCGUCCAAGUGGGAAUGUAAUCACGACAACACAAAAAAUUGAAAACCAGUAUAAAGUAACAUUUUUUGAAAAGAAUGGUCUCAAACAUAGAGAGUUCAGUAUUCCAGUAGAACAUGGUACAUAUGUUGAAAAUAUCAUGUGGAGCUCGGACUCUGAAAUAUUAACUCUGCAAUGUAAAGAUACAGAAACAAACACACAAAAAGUAUUAUUAUACACAACAUCAAAUUACCAUUGGUAUUUGAAACAAACAUUGUUGUUUAGAAGUAAUCAACGCAUCAAUAAAAUCAUCUGGGAUAAUGAUUUUGACAUAUCAAACAACAAAAAAAUGCAUAUUAUUUUACAAAAUGGAUCUUAUUUGAUAUAUUCAUGGAUUUGGAAUAUUGAUCACAGUAAAAGUAAUAUUGAUAAUGAUGAUGCUGUUGUAGUUGCUAUUGAUGGAGAUAAAUUAUUGAUCACUGGAUUUAGACAAACUGUAGUACCUCCACCAAUGGCAUCACUUGAAAUAAAAUUGGAAUCUACUGCACAGGCAAUAUGUUUUGCACCAAAAAACGAAAAUGUUAACCCAAAUUCAUUCUUUGUAAUUACAGUAGAUAACAAAUUACUUUUUUACUCACAAAAAGAGAAACAUCCACUCAAUUAUGAAGCAUAUAACUCUCAGCAAUUUGACAAAUCUGAUUUUCCAUUCCAAUACCAUCACUGGCUCUGGGUAGACUCUCAAACAAUAGUGUGUGCUAUGACAGAUGAAAAGUCAACCUCUGUUAUAGAACUGACUAUGGUGAAUGACAAACUUGUUAAAAGUAACAGUGUACAUGUAAGAGGUGUUGUGACACAAAUACAAGCACAUCCUACAAAUAAAUCUUUACUAUUCUUGCAGUUUAUAACUGGUCAUAUACAUAAAUACAAUAUUGGUGGUUUUCUUGAAAAUACUAAUAUAUUAUUUAAAGUACCAUGUCCCAGGUUUGGUAUAUUGCCUAUUGAAGACUCUUUGCAUUUCAUUGGACUUUCACACAAGGGCCAUUUGUUUAUUGAUAAUGUACAGGUUCUCAGUAAUGUUAGUUCUUUCUUCAUACAUACGGAUUUCUUGUUGUUGACUACCUUACAACAUUUGUUAUUGUGUGUGGAAAAGAACAAACUGGGUUUGAAAGCUCUGAUGGAAUACCAAACAAAUGAAUCUGAUUAUGUAUAUAAAAGAAAAAUUGAACGAGGUGCCAAAUUAGUAAUUAUAGUACCAAAUGAUACUAGAACUAUUUUGCAGAUGCCAAGAGGCAAUAUAGAAGCAAUACAACCCAGACCUCUGUCUCUUAAAAUUAUUGGAAAAUAUCUGGAUAACUUGAAGUACUAUGAAGCAUUUGAUUUGAUGAGGAAACAGAGAAUCAAUUUAAACCUUAUUUUUGACCACAAUCCAAAAAAGUUUAUAGCGAAUAUUGACACAUUUUUACAUUCCAUUAAAAACAAUUCUUGGCUGAAUCUAUUUUUAUCUGAUUUAGAAAAUAUAGAUGUUACAAAAACAAUGUAUUCAAGUAUAAAUUAUUAUGCUGAAAGACCUGCUGUAACUGAUGAAAUUUCAAGAAAGAUUGAUAUUGUUUGUGAAAUGUUUCGAGCUCAUAUAGAAAAAAGAUCAGAUAAGGCAACUAAAAUCUUACCACUUCUCACAACUUAUGUAAAGAAAAAUACUGUAGAUGACUUGCAAAAAGCCUUGGAAAUAAUUAAAGGUUUAAAAAAACAAGAGACAUCUGGUGAGAAAAUUCCUGUAAGUUCUGAUGAAGCCCUCAAGUAUUUGUUGUAUAUGGUAGAUGUUACCCAAUUAUUUGACAUUGCACUCGGGAUGUAUGAUUUUGAAUUAGUUUUGCUAGUAGCAACUAAGUCACAGAAAGAUCCAAAAGAAUACAUUCCUAUGCUAAAUGAGUUAAAUGAAAUGGACGAAAAUUACAAACGAUUUACAAUAAAUAAGCAAUUGAAAAGAUUUGAUAAAGCAGUGCAAUCUCUUGUACUGUGCGGUCCAACACGUCACUGUGAACUGAAAACUUUCGUAAAAUAUCAUAGUUUGUAUCAAGAGGCGUUGAAACAUUUUUCUUUUGAAGAAGAAAUUUUCAGGGAAAUUUCUGAAGAUUAUGGACAACACUUGAAAUUGAAGAAAUACUACACAGAAGCUGCUAUUAUUUAUGAAAGAGCUAAUAAUAAUGACAAAGCUAUUGAAUGUUACAAAGAAGCUCUAGAAUGGGAAUUGGCGAUCAAACUAGCCUAUUUUUGGCCAAAGGCACAAUUCAAAGUGUUGUGCUGGGAGCUAGUAACUGCACUGAAAGAAGAAAAACGUCACGAAGAAGCUCUAAUCAUUUUAGAACAAUUCUACGGCGAUCCUGAGGAGUGCAUUAGUUAUGCGGUUGAAACUAGUCACUACAAAAAAGCUUUACGUCUUUGUUCGCUAUAUGAUAAACUACAAUUGAAAGAGGAACGCAUACUACCUGCUCUCCUUGAAGAAUACCAAAAUAUGACAGAUUUAAUAGAAACUAAUCGGAGCACAUUUUUAAAACAUCGUGAACGACUUUUUCACGUGAGAAAUAUAAAGAGGGACAAUCCAGUUGAUCUCUACGAUAUAUACACAAAUAAAGAUGCGGAUCUAUAUUCAGAUGCCGGGAGUACUUUGGCGUCGUCUUCUAGAGGUUCGAGCCGUUCAUACCGUUCAAGCAAGAACCGAAGGAAACACGAACGUAAAAUAGCAUCUCUCAAAGAAGGGUCGCAGUAUGAAGACGUUGGAUUAAUUAUUGCACUACACUGCCUCAUUACAUCGACGUUUGACUUGAGAAAUCAUGUUAAAGAUCUUACUGUUGGGUUGAUUUGCUUUAAUAUGGACAAAGAAGCAUUCAUAUUGCAGAAGGCAUUAGAGAAGUUAUUAAAUGAAAUGAAAGACAGUUUUAAAGAUAUUUGGACAAAUGAUUUUAUGUUAGAAGCUACAAAUGCAACUAUCACAGCACAUAAUAUAUCAGAGGGAUCUAGUGUGUUACCACCAGGCAUUGCUUCAUUAGAACUACAUUUCAGAAUACCACCUGUAAUACAGGAGAUUAAUUGGAAAUUAGAAGGUCUCAGUUAA